AUGGCGCCCACGAGCGCAGCCAUAACAGGGCUGCUACGCCAGGUCGUCUACUACCACGUGGACAACAAUGCCUACGAGAAUGCCCUCUUCUUCGCCGAGAGGCUAAGCGCCCAAGAUCCCAAGUCGAGCGAGUCUGCACACCUCUUGGCCCUCUGCCACCUCCGCCUCGGUGACCACAGGACUGCCUUUGAAAUCAGCAGGCCCUCUGCUUCCCGUGGGUCGAACCUCGGCGCUGCUUGGGUCUUUGCACAUGCUUGCAUGAAGAUGGAACGCUACAAGGAUGGCAUCAACGCCUUGGAAAAAGCGCGGGAGAAGUGGAUUGGCAAGAUGCACAUGGGCAAGCACACCACUUCUACUCGGUCACUAUAUCCGGACGAGGCCGCGGUCCUCUGUCUGCUGGGCAAGCUAUACCGGGCUUACGACGACAAGCGGAGGGCCAUCGAGUGUUUCGAGACUGCGGUAAGGGUAAACCCCUUCAUGUGGGAUGCUUUCCAGGCCCUCUGCGACAUGGGCGUGAAGCUACGGGUACCCAACAUUUUCCAGGUCACCGACCCCCUCACCCACUCGUUCGAAUCCGAAGUCGCUGCGUUGUCACAGGAGCCCAAGGAAAGCACGGCGAACUCCUUUGAGCCCAAGAGGCCCUCAGGGCGCACAGCCAUGGACUCCUCCGAUCCCUUCAACCUCCACCGUUCUUCCACGUACCAGGACAUGCCCUACAGCGCAAACAUGUUUUCUGCCGAGGCGGAAGAGAAUGACUUCAUGUCCAAGAUCACUGCGGCAAGGUCCAGGCUGGCACCGCCAUCCACGAGUAACGGAGACCUAGAUUUAAUGGAAACGCCCACGGGGCCGGUAUCCAUGCCGGAAGUUCCGACUAUGCGCUCUGCAUUUGGCGCCACCGAGCCGCCGCAGGCACCACCACGCAGGACGAGGACGGCCCAGGCCGUGGAACCGGGCUUUCUGGAGGCACCGCCGAAGAUGAGCUACAAGUUGGGCGGCGCCAAGAGAAGCACCAGGAGUCAAGAUAAGGAACAGCAGCCCGUGGAACUGCAUUCAGACAGUGGCACCGGUACCAGUGCCUUACGAUCGGCACCGGCACCCACAGAACGAAAGAGGACAGUAUCUGGGCACCCUGUCUCCCGACAACACUCCGAAGAAGCCAGUGCACCCGCGCAACGGAGAAGCGCGAGGCUCAACAUGUUUAACAAGCCCUCGAUCAUGAAGUCGAACUCCGGCGCCGCUACUAUCGGCGCCACUACUGGUCGCGAGCUGAAGAAGGCUAGGCCCCAGAUUUCUCGAAUAAUGCGACCUGGUUCUAGUGGCUCCAGCGUCGGCAGGGUUGUGAGUGGCAACCGCAAACCCAUCGAAGACAGCGGUAUGGAUGUCGACCAUGCCGAAACCGCCCGCGUGAGGGAGUCUCAUGCGGUACAGCACGCAGCACCGAAGACCGCUCCUGAGCCUGACCACGCCAAGAUCGAGGAGGCUCUGAGAUGGGUAAUGGAGUUGCUGAAAAAAUUCGCAUCCGGGUACUACUCGCUCAAAGGGUUCCGCUGCCAGGAGGCGUUGCAAACGUAUGCUUCGCUGCCGAGAAGCCAGCAAGAUACUCCCUGGGUUCUUGCACAGAUGGGACGAGCGCAUCACGAACAGGCUGCAUACAAGGAUGCUGAAAAAUACUUCAGAAAACUCCGCGUCCUGGCACCCACCCGGAUGGAAGACAUGGAGAUAUACUCGACCAUCCUCUGGCAUCUCAAGCGCGAGACGGACCUCUCGUUCCUCGCGCACGAGCUGGUCGAUGCCGACUGGACGUCGCCGCAAGCUUGGUGCGCCCUCGGCAACGCGUGGUCGCUGGCACGAGAACACGAACUGGCAUUGCGCUGUUUCAAGCGGGCGACACAGCUCAACCCCAAGUUCGCAUACGCCUUUACCCUGCAAGGCCACGAACACGUUGCCAACGAAGAAUAUGAAAAGGCUCUCAGCGCCUUCCGCAAGGCCGUCACAGCUGACCGGCGUCACUACAACGCCUAUUACGGCAUAGGCCAGGUCUUCGAGAAGCUCGGCAACCACGAAAAGGCCUACGUACACUUCCACACGGCAUCCGACAUCAACCCGACCAAUGCUGUCCUCAUCUGCCGCAUCGGAGCCAUCCUCGAGAGGCAGAAGCAGAUGAUGGCCGCAUUGCAGUUCUACACCAAGGCGACAGACUUGGCGCCGCGGGCGGCUGUUGUCCGUUACAAGAAGGCGCGCGCCUUGAUGAGUCUCGGCAAGAUCGAUCUUGCAGAGAAGGAGUUGCUCAUCCUGAAGGAUAUGGCUCCCGACGAGGCCAUGGUGCACUUCCUGCUUGGCAAGCUGUACAGAAACAUCAACGAGAAGCAGAUGGCGGUGCGCGCCUUCAGCAACGCGCUCGCUCUAGAUCCAAAGGCCAGUCAGUCGAUCAAGGACGCCAUCGAGAGCCUCGAGGAUGAUAUGGGCAUGGAAGACAGCAUGAUGACGUAG